UGGAAAGAAGGUCUCAGAGCAGAAGAUGUAUGGAAGGCAGGUCUUAGAGCAGAAGAUGUAUGGAAGGAAGGUCUCAGAGCAGAAGAUGUAUGGAAGGAAGGUCUCAGAGCAGCAGAUGUAUGGAAGGAAGGUCUCAGAGCAGCAGAUGUAUGGAAGGCAGGUCUAAGAGCAGAAGAUGUAUGGAAGGAAGGUCUCAGAGCAGAAGAUGUAUGGAAGGAAGGUCUGAGAGCAGCAGAUGUAUGGAAGGAAGGUCUGAGAGCAGCAGAUGUAUGGAAGGAAGGUCUCAGAGCAGAAGAUGUAUGGAAGGAAGGUCUCAGAGCAGCAGAUGUAUGGAAGGAAGGUCUCAGAGCAGAAGAUGUAUGGAAGGAAGGUCUCAGAGCAGCAGAUGUAUGGAAGGAAGGUCUCAGAGCAGAAGAUGUAUGGAAGGAAGGUCUCAGAGCAGAAGAUGUAUGGAA